CAUGACUUGGGGCAGCCCUCAGGGGUCAGAAGGGCGGAAGGGGCUUCCGGGGGGCGCGCAUGCGUAAUGAGGGGAGUGAAGCCGGCCGGGUGCGGGCGGGAGAGCACGCUAUGGCGGGGGAGAGAGGACAGGAGGGCGGCGGGCCAGGCCGGGCCCCCGACGGGCGGCGGAGCGGCUCUGCCCGGCGGCGGGCGGGACCGGGCCGGGCCGGGCCGGGCCGGGCCGGGCCGGGCCGCAGCGAGCGGGGCGGCCCAGAGGAGGGCAGCCAGAUGCCCAGGAGGAAGGAGGUGCCAGCGCUGGGCAGCCUCUGCCUGCAGAGUCUCGCCCGGCACAUGCAGAGCAUCUGGGUGAAGGACUACAGCGAGAACUACCUGGACGAGUACCAGUUCCGCUUCGUCAUGGGCCCCUUUAAUGACCUGGGUGAGAUGUGGGGUCCGGGGACCCGCUCUGUGCGGGCAAAGAGGAGGAUGGGCGAGCGGUGCCGGGACUGUCUCGCUGACCCCUGUAACGGUGGUCCCCCCACAGCCGGCAGCUUGGUGCAGGACCUGAUCCGGCUGCUGGGCGAGAGCCGGCGCCUGACGCGGGCAGCGCUGCACCUGCUCCUGCUGCCUCACCUGCGGGAGCUGAGCCUGCAGCCCUGCCCCAGCCUCGCCAGCAACGCCAUCGGCCAGCUCGUCACCCUGCGCUGCAAGAACCUGAGCUCCCUGGACCUGCACGGCUGCAGCCGGCUGUCGGUGGAUGUGCUGGUGGACCUGGCGGAGGGGCUGCCGCAGCUGAGCCGGCUGGGGCUGGCGGAGACACAGGCCAACGUCCAGGUGCUGUCGGCCGUGGGCUCCUGCUGCCGGCGCCUGCAGGAGCUGGACGUGUCCCACUGCAAGAAGGUGUCCCCGCGCGCCCUGCGGUACCUGGCCUAUGACCCACUGGCACAGUCCCUGUGCUGCCCCAUGCUCCGCAUCCUGCUGGCCCGUGGUCUGGAGCCUUCGGGAGACAGUGGCAUGGUGGCAGCACUGGCCUUCUUGCUGCUGGCCCUGCCGCGCCUGGAGUUCCUGGCCCACAGUGCUGUGCCAGACGCCCUCCACCUCCUCCACGGGUGGCAGCUGCACAGCACAGGGGACGCCGAGGGCUUCCCCUCGCUAGAGGAGCUGGCACGGGGGCGGGGGACUGCCCUGGGGGGUCCCCAGCUCACCCUGCCCCUGCGGCGGGUGGAGGAGGUGGAGGAGCCUGCCCUGGCCACCAUCCACGCCAUCUGUCCCCAGGUCGAGGAGGCCUGCGUAUGGCUCGGGGACAACCCAGGUCCAGCAGGUGGCUGGGAGCUGCUGUGCUGGGGCCACCUGGCCCGGCUGACCCUGGGCUGUGCCGGGCGGCAGGGCCGGGUGCUGGCGGAGGUGUUGCCGCUGGCACAGAGCCUAGGCCCCCGCUUGCAGACCCUGGCCCUGCAUGGCUUCUGCUGCCAGGACGAGCUCUCCCUGGCUGCCCUGCUCGCCAGCUGCCCCAACCUUCAGGCCUUCAGCGCUGAGCUGCACCCCCCGACAGACAUUGACCCCGAUGGGGAGAUCCCGGACGAGCCGUCCCACUGGGACACCAACCUGCUGCCCUGCAGCCUCCCCCAGCUCCAGAGCUUCUCCCUGACCCUGGCCAGCACCACGGGCACCUUCCUGGCCCGGUACGGGCUGGGGCUGCGUGCCACGCUGGCCUCGCUGCUGUGCCAUGCCCCACGCCUGCGGACCCUCCGCCUGCUCAACGUCCCCUUCCCAUUGGACUCGGUGUUCGAGACGGUGCUGGCGGCGCCGGGGCCACCCCUGCUGGAGCUGCAGGAGCUCUCGCUGGCCGAGAGCUGGGUGUCCAGCCGCACCGUGCGGCUGCUGCUGGCCUCUGACAGCUGCCUGUGCCGCCUGGAUCUGUCCCACUGCCGGGACAUCCACCGGCGGGACUAUGACGGCUUCCUGCAGGCGGUGCGGAAGCAGCGGCUGGACCUGGACAUCACCUGGGAGUAGCCGGCACUG